AUGGUGAACUCCUCUGAAUUAUUUAAGGGCUUGAACUUUCUGAUUGUUGCUUCAGAUCUGAAUCAAACAACUAGGGCGCUUGAACUUAAAGGUCUUUUGGAAGAGCAUAGUUGUAACAGUUGCAAAAUACACGAGCUUUCCACAAAAAAUGAGCUGAUAAAGGAACAAGACACGAAACAAUGGUUUAUAGAAACCUACGGCUCAACAGAUGCGGUCCAUUUUACCAUAUGCGAAGAGACCAAUUUUCCUUUUUAUCAAAUUGUGGCAUUCGAUCUUCUAAUUCCGGUGGUAACAUCAGAGUGGGUGAACAUGUGCAUUGCAACGAGAAAGCAUGUCAGAACCGCCCCAUUCUCCCCAGACAGACGUCAUAUAUUCAAGAAUUUUCAGAUUUAUGUUUCUAAAGAGGCAUUUACUAGACCGGAACAGUUAUUUUAUACAGAUAUGAUCCAAGCUUUAGGAGGAACUUGUGUUGAUGUUUUGUCCAGUAGAACAACACAUCUCGUAACCACUAAUGCUCAAGAUAAUGGAAUAAAGGUAAUUGUCAGCUUCAACAAAUCUUGUUUGAUCAAAUUCGUACUUCCUACAUGGAUAGCUCAGAGCUUCAAAUUGCUUCAGGUUGUUCCUGUAGACGACCAUCAGAUCCUGCCAACAGAUCAUAAAGAGAGGACGCAAGAAAAAAUGAAAGAAUUAUGGGACUUAAUAGCAGAUAAUGCUUUUCAAAGAGGCUCCAACAUUUUUAAAAAUCAGAACUUCAUCCUUGGAAUGGAUCUUUUCUUCAAUAAAGAACUGCAUGCCUAUUUGAUCGAAUUCCUGAAGGCAAACGGAGGUGCUAUUAUUCGACAUUUAGAUGAGUCUGAUAUAGAGGGUAGGGGUGCCGAUAUCUAUAUCGGUAGUACAAAUCAAUCGAAAGAAUACGAAGUGGCAGCACGCCAACCAAUGCAUCUAGGAAACACUAUAUGGCUCUUUUAUGUAUGGUCCACUGACUCAUUUGUUGAACCUAGCUGUAAGUUGAUUUUCGCACCGCUCAAGAAGAAACUAUUCGAACACUCCCAACUAAUUUUAACUUACUCGAACUACUUUGGCCUCCAGCGAACUUACAUUCAACGUCUAACAGAUAUACUGGGAGGGUAUAGCACCCCUGAGUUAUCGAGGAAAAACACUCAUCUCAUUACUCAAUUUGCGUCUGGCAAGAAAUUUGAAACAGUCAGGAAGUGGGGCAACAAGUGCAUAGUUACUAACCACCUAUGGCUGGAGUACUGCUACAAAAACUGGCAAAAACUGGAUCCAAAGGAUACGAUCUUCCAGGAGUUUCCAACAUCAAAUGGACUUUGGAACGGCCCUGGCCAACUUUCUGACGCAGUUCUAUCAAAUAGUUCUUUCACUAAAGGAGAUAGAUCCAAUUCUCUUAACAAUGUUGGGAUUUCAGAAAGCUCAACUGAUUCUAGAAGUGAAAUAGUGAAAGAUCUCACAACAGAUAUUGAAAUAAACGAGCUGUUUUCCAAAGAAACUGAUGUAACAUAUUUGAAGGAGGGCAUUCAGCGAGAAGGUUUAAGCCUAGAAAGCAAUUUUAAAUACUCAAAUAUAAAUGCACCAUUUCACAAGGAUCCUGCCCUUGAUACCAUUUCAGGAGCUCAGAUAUCUGCAGAUCAGCAGAGUCAUGAUGAUGUAUUGGUUUUGGAGACCAACAUAGAGCAAAAGCGGGCAACUCCUCCAAACCUCGGUCCUGGUAGAGUAUCAGAGCGUAGCGUAUCGACGAGUGAGGUGGUUGAGGUUGAAAUAGAAAUUGAUGACCACGGAAAGCAUGUUGAAGAAAAUCGUGGAGUUUAUAAGUCAACUGAAGGUAAUAUGUCCCCCGAAAAAGGAGAAGCGGUCAAUCGCAAGAGCUGGUCGGAAAUAAAAAGUCCCAAUGGAUUUCCUCUGGUUGCCUGUCAAAAUACUUUAAUUCAAGAUACUUCCAAGGAGCAUGGCGGCUCAUCUUUUGAAAAUAAUGCUGAACCAGAAGAAGUGCGGGCAAGCAUAAAUACAUCUGACAUAAGUCAAAACCAGGACACCAGUUUGGGAAGGGGAAGCAGUAUCGAUUACGGCAAAGAAAUUCUGUCAAAAUGCGACGUGACAAUGGAACCACGAAGCUCCAGCCCCGCUCUUACUUCUAGCGGAGGCAGCAGACGUGCAGCUAAGGCGAAAGCAGAGCAAAGGCUGCAUGAUGACAUCGAGUCCCUGAACGAUUUUCAACGGAACUCCAAAAGAAAGAAGACGGGUGAUUUGCUUCCAAAUGAAAUUACAGCGUUAGAGAAACAUAAAAAGCUCGAGCUUCAGGCUGAAGAACUAAUUGAGAAGCUUCUCUUCGCUGGAGAAACUGAGAGGAACACAACAGCAGAUCACUCAACAGAGGCCUACAUAAACCACAAGAAGCCAUUUUAUCACAUAAACGCUAUUAGUACCGGAUCUCAGCGAUGUCUAAGCGAGUUGGAUUCUUUAGUCUUACGGCGUCUGGGAAUUCAAAUUUUUGAUGAAAUCGCACCAUCUAAUCUUAAAAAGCUGAACGCUAUAAUUGCACCAAAAAAAAUGAGAACUGCGAAGUUUUUGUUGAGUUUGAGCUUUCAUCCUUUGAAGUAUGCAGUACGCCCGGAGUUCCUAGAAGACAUUUUAAAGACCAUUCACAAGGGCAAAACGAAAACUGAAAUAGUCCUUCCAGACGCUGCAAGCUAUAAAAUUUUCGAUUUUGAAGAAUCAAAUAUAUUGAAAAAGACAACUUUAUCCACUAAAGUAUUUGAGAGAGCAAAUUUAUUCAAAAUCAAUUUAAUCAAUGAUAUCCCCGGCGGUGUUGAUGUAAUUUCAUCCAUUUUAAAGGCUCACGGAAUCAACGAGAUAAGAACCAUAGCAAGCACUCAGAUGAACAGGCUCAUAGAAGUGUCGUUUCUGAAAAAUGAUAUAGAAGGAACUAGCAAAAAAAAGAAGCACGGGCAAAUCGUCCCUGAUUAUGUCUUUAUUGUGACAAAAUCAGCUCAGGUGAAACAGUUCAAAAAGGUUUUCAGAGCUGCUGGAAAAAUUACAUUAGUAGUCGAAUGGAAUUGGUGCGUUUCAAGCAUAUUCAAUCUUGAAGUAGAUUACCGAGAUCAUCAACACGUUGUGUAUCAAACUGGUCUAUGA